CAUAGCACGGGCGGACUUUCCCCCAGAAUGCACCACUAACGAAGAAAAAUGGUCCAAAGUACAAACUGUUUUACCCAAGACAAGGAAAACAUAAACUAGCUGAAGAAUAACUAUUAACCCGUCGUCAAACCGAGGUGAGAGCUCCGUGUGCACGUCGCGUUUCUUCAAGGAGGAGUCUUCAGAGCUGCAAAGCUAGCUUGUUUGCUUUAGCAGCAGCAUGGCUGAGCCACAAAAGAAAGGAGAACUGCUGCCUGAAGAUGUCGGUUCAGAUGACUGCCUGACCUCCUACACACACAUCUACAGUCCAGAUUUACUAAAAGAUCAGGUUGCUUUUAUCACAGGUGGGGGAUCUGGAAUUGGACUCAGGAUAGCUGAAAUCUUUAUGAGGCAUGGCUGUGACACAGUAAUUGCGAGCAGAAACUUGGACAAGCUCAAAGAGGCAGCACAGAAGCUGUCUUCUGCAACAGGACGCCGUUGCCUUCCUCUGUGUAUUGAUGUGAGGCAGCCUGAGAGCAUAGCAGCCGCUGUUGACGAGACGCUGAAAGAGUUUGGCCAUGUAGACAUCCUGAUCAACAAUGCUGCUGGAAACUUCCUUUGCCCGGCCUCUGCUCUCUCUUUUAAUGCUUUUAAGACAGUAAUGGAGAUAGAUACCAUGGGGACAUUCAACACCAGCAAGGUGGUUUAUGAGAAGUGGUUUCAGAAUCAUGGCGGCAACAUCGUCAACAUAUCUGCAACACUUGGGUACAAAGGACAGGCCCUCCAGGUGCAUGCUGGCUCUGCUAAAGCUGCAAAUGAUGCAAUGACAAGGCAUCUCUCUGUGGAGUGGGGGCCCAGCGGAGUGAGAGUCAACACCGUGGCUCCAGGUCCCAUCUCUGGCACUGAGGGCUUCCGCAGGCUGGGUGGUCCCAGAGGAGAAGCAGCAGGUCAUUUUCAGUCUCUUCCUCUGCAGCGUGCAGGCAAUAAGACAGAGAUGGCCCACUGUGUUCUUUUCCUGGCCAGCCGAGCCUCCUCCUAUGUGACUGGAGCCAUCUUGGUCGCCGAUGGCGGGGCGUGGCUGACUUCACCCAAUGACGUCUCCACACUGUUGGGUAUUGCCUCCUCUAAAUCUAAACUCUGAACAGGGGCUCUCCUGUCCUCCUCCUGACCCAGGUUAUUGGUCAGCCGAAAAGAAAAGAGACAAGUAAAUACUGGAGACAAAAGAAUUUGAAGUAUUGAAAUACUACAUGUACAGUUUAUUAACACUUUACUGUGUUAUACAUUUUCACACUCUUAUCAUCAGAUACGAUUCAAAUCAAUUCAGGGCUCAUAGUUCAUCCGUUAUAGGUCUUUGUAUUGCCAUGCAUUUCAUGUACAGUCCUAUUUAUCACCUGCCAUUUGAUGGGAUUUUUGUAUUACUCCCAUUAAGCAUUCAGGUUUUAUAUAACAGUAAAAACUGUUCCUUGGCUGCUGUUGAAAUUUCUAUUAAAAAUCCUGUCUUUUUCCUGGUAUGUGGAAGUUAUCUGUAGAAAAAUACAGACUUUCAUUAAACAAAUACAUUGCAGGACUUUAAGAGAAAUUGGAGAAGAAGAAACGAAAUAAAACACAUUACUUAC